UCUACGGGGAUAACCUUUUGAACCCUGUUCCAUGCCCAACAAGGCCUCCGUUACCUUCUGCACAUGGCUAUGAUCUAGGCUACAUAUCUUCUCUCAGGAAGGCAUUCUUGGCCUCAAUACUAUUGGCACUCCGGCACCUCUCCGGAAUCCUUGGAUAG